AUGUCCUGUCCCGUUCGUGUCUACCCACUGCGCAAGCCCGAAAACCACCGUGUUCCAGUCCCGCGAUGGCAUCUCGCUCUCCCAGAUGAUGUCACUCACGUGUGCACGGCUUAUAUCGGCGUUCAGAAACAUUCCGAUAACCAAGGAUCUGAUAAUGCUAGAGAUGAAGCUAUUGCAACAAUUCAGUCGUGGGUACAAGGCAAAUACGGACCUUCGGUAUAUGAGGUGUUUACUGUUAUGGAUGGAUGUGAUGUAGAAGAGUCGACAAUAUGGGUGUGUUACUGGGCGGAUCAGACGAAAUAUGAAAAAGGCCUUGAGGAUCUCUCGCUCAAGGUCAUCUACUCUCAAUUACCUGAACCAGGUCGUGACUCGGUGGGUAUCUACCGAGAAGCAUUCAUCACAGAAAUUCAAAGACUGGAGACCAACUACUCUGGCCUCGACUAUCUCCCAGGCCUUGCCAAACUCCCCGGCUCAACAUUCCCCGAACACACACUGUCAGCCUACUGGGGUGCAGCAAGAGACAGAAUCCCAUCUUCCGCCUGGGAUCUCUUUCCUCCAUCAGCAGAUACUACCCGUUCAGUAUCAACACCGCAGAGUCUUGACCACUAUCUCACCGGCACAAAUCCCCAAAACCUAGCCCACAUCCGCUCAGGCCAAUUCUGGGAAAACUGCAGCCAGCAAGAAGCCGACUCAUACGACACCAAGCUCGAGCCCACACUCCGCUCAGGUCUCGAGUAUCUAUGGAGCAAUUCUCCUUCAACAGGCGCCCUUGGCCUUCGCUAUCUCAGAAACACAGAUUCUGCAGUAUCAGAGACCAGUCGUCCUCGGAAAGAGACAUGCGGCGCUGGCUUCUUCUCUAGUCUGGAAGCUCUUGAGACGUGGGCCAAGAGCCACAAAUCUCACCUGGCUAUCUAUCGCGGAGCGCUGACCCAUUACAAAGUAUUUGGUGAUGGGAGGAAAUUCCGGACGUGGCAUGAGGUUUCUGUUUUGAAGGCGGGAGAUGCAAGAUUCGAGUAUUUGAAUUGCGUGCCCGAGACGGGAGUGAUUCAGGGACUUUUAGAGAGGGAGUGCCAAUCACAAGACGUGAACACCUGGUAG